AGCCACCGAACAAUACACAAUGUCCCCUCUGCCUGAAAUUCUCUUCGACGUCGCGCGCAACCCCGUGAUUGCUGUCGGUCUCCCCAUUGGCCUUGGAGCAGCCAGCGGGUACAUCACCGGGCAGAGCUCAAGGAGCAACUGGUUCACUACAAUGACUCCGCCUCCUGGAAAUCCGCCCAAGGAGGUCUUUGGACCGGUUUGGACCGUUCUCUAUGGCCUCAUGGGCUAUGCAUCCCAUUUGGCUGUCAAAUCAUUUGAUGCUGCCAUCACACCUUCUGGAACACACGAGUCUGAUGUUGCUCUACAACUCUACUACGCUCAACUGGGUCUCAAUUUGAUUUGGUCACCCAUCUUCUUUGGUUUGAAGCAGAAAGAGAUUGCAUUGGGUAAUCUGUUGGCCCUCACGGGUACCGUUGGUGCAAUGACUGCCAAGAUGUACAACAUCAAUACCAACACCCUUUGGUUCUUGGCACCAUACUGUGCAUGGCUUGGAUAUGGUAAGUCAAUGAUCUCUACUCUGCCACAUGUCCACUAAUCAACAUUCUCCAGCCACAUACCUCAAUGCAGGCUAUAUCUUCUUCAACCGGUGAGCUGCGGUGAGCUGUGAGUGCUUAAGCAGCAGCAGCUGACAUCUACUUGUAGCAAGCGAGCGUGAUUGAGCGUGUAGCUAUAGUCUUUGGUCUGAUUGAAAGUGUACAGCUUACGGAGUCAUAUCACCCAAUGAACAAACAACAAAUUCAGCAAUAAUAGCACCACACCUCUAAAUGUAUUGCAUCUCUGAGAGUUCCUGGUACAUGUACAAACAGAAGCCAAAACGGAAAACAUAUAUAAAACAUAUAUUGUCAAGAUGUCUUUCUACAAAUCUAUGGAGCCUAUGGAGUGUUGGCAAAGUGUUGGUGCACUACACAA